AUGAUGUCGUCGAUGUUUCGUUAUCUAUAUACUUUAUUUUAUUUUUUAACUUUAUAUAUAAUAAUAAUUGAUACAAGAUCAAUAGAUGAAAAAGAUACGAAUAAAUUUAUUGUUGAUAAUCUUAUAAAUGAACAAAAUCAUGAAUUUUUAAUCACACUUGCAAAUUAUCGUCAUCGUUUUGAACAUUCAAUAAAUUUUAAAAAAAUUCGUUGGACACUUAAACAUCGAUAUGAUAAAGCUUAUUGUCAAUUUUGUGAUUUAGUUGUACCAGUAGUUCGAUUACUUAUUGAAACAAAUCAAACUAUUCAUAUAGAAAAUGUUGUUAAUGGAUUUUGUAGAGAAUUUAAAUUAAUCGAUAUUGAUGUUUGUAUUGGUGCUGUUCAUGAAUAUAAAGUACAAAAAUUUAUUUCUUAA